GCGUCACGUGCACUGUAGAUUUUCAGCACAGAGUGAAUAUCGGAGCAGUCUCUACGAAACCUAACCUAACCUAAUCCGAUCUAACCUUAAAACUAUACGUCAAGCUGAGGAACUUCAGAUCUUGAAGUUUUUUUUUUUUUUUUGGAAAACUUUUCGCUGUUAAAGGCGAAAAAGAGCGCGGAAAAGUUGCAGAAUAAUGGAACGGCACGCGACGAGGGCCCGCCGCGAUAAUUCACGCUAAUGCGAUUUCUCGGAGAAAGAUAGAGAGAGAGAGAGAGGAGACCAUUUUCAUGCGGCCUGCCUAUGCGUGGACAGCGUGGGCUUGAAUAGCGUCUAUAGACUAUAGAGCGGAUUUGCGCCAGUUGGGAUGCGUGGACGUUUACGAAUGGAUUCCGCUUUCGGCAAAUAACAAAAACAUCGGAUCAUUCCAAACGGAAAAGGAAAAAAAGAGGAGCAGGAAAAAAGGCCAUUUCUCUCCCUGAUCUAACGAUGUUGCGUUCGCCGCAUCUCUGAAACGCGAUUCUAUAAACGUGAAACCCCGAGAACGAUUGCGGACGAUGUUCUGCUGUCUGAGAAACUGCUUCGACGGCCUCGGCUUUGCCGCGACUCAGGCACCGAAACGGGAACAAAACCCCAUCGCCUUAGACACGAGUCACAUGGGAAACGAGGUAGUAAUAGUGAAAAAUGGUCUAAGAAUAUGCGGGAGCGGUGGUGCCUUGACAAACGCUCCUCUCGUUCAGAGUAAAAGUUAUUUUGAAGUGAAGAUACAGCAGGGCGGUAUAUGGGGCAUUGGACUAGCUAGGAAAGAUACGGAUCUCAAUGUCGCCAUAGGUGGCAAGGACUCGGAAAGUUGGGCGCUCAAUUCCGAUGGUAUUAUAAGGCACAACGAGGAAGAACUUCACAAGAUUCAAAAUCCUGUCCAGGAAGGGAAUGUCAUUGGCGUAUCCUAUGACCACGUAGAAUUGAAUUUUUAUUUAAACGGAGAAUCCAUGAACGCUCCAAUUAUAGGUGUAAAAGGACGGAUUUAUCCAGUAUUAUAUGUGGAUGAUGGAGCCAUCUUGGACUUAAUUCUAGAAAAUUUCAUUCAUACUCCACCAAUGGGCUUCGAAAAAAUAAUGUUGGAACAAUCAUUGCUUUAGCAGGGUGAUACAAAUAAAAAACGUUUCCACCGGAAACAUACCGUAUACAUCGAUUAACAUACGGCCUACUAUAAUCAGUAUUCCAUCUCACUUGAACAAUAUAAAACAUUUCCAUAAAGCUACUGUGAAGUUGUUUCAAUUAUACUGCAAAUAAUUUGUUUAAAAAAUAUAUACUUUUAGAUAUAUUUACAAAAGUGUAAUUUGACAUCUACGUUUUUUUAAUUAUAAAAAUGUGCUGAUACGAAGAAUUGUAUGCAUAAAAUAUGCCAAACGUUGAAAAAUCGUUAUUGCCCCUGUCACUUGUUUUUAUAAAAGAUAUGUAAAUUAUAACUUGAGAUCUCAUAUUCCCUUUAUCAUUUAAAAAAAACCUUGAUCUCUUUAGUUAGAAUAUUUGUGC